GGUGACUUUGUGACUUUUGCUGCAGUUGAAAAAAGGUGAGAGAAAUAACAUAUGAUUGAGAUUAAAGAUUUACAUUUUUUAAAGUUUGAGAUUUUGGAGAUUGAAAAAACGCACACCUGAGAAAACUAAACGUUGGUUGACGGAGAAGAACAGGAAGAAAAUACGAACCGUUUCGGAAGGAGUCAGCUACUAGAGGAAGGAGUCAGCUACUAGAGGAAGGAGUCAGCUACUAGAGGAAGGAGUCAGCUACUAGAGGAAGGAGUCAGCUACUAGAAGAAGGAGUCAGCUACUAGAGGAAGGAGUCAGCUACUAGAGGAAGGAGUCAGCUACUAGAGGAAGGAGUCAGCUACUAGAGGAAGGAGUCAGCUACUAGAGGAAGGAGUCAGCUACUAGAGGAAGGAGUCAGCUACUAGAGGAAGGAGUCAGCUACUAGAGGAAGGAGUCAGCUACUAGAGGAAGGAGUCAGCUACUAGAGGAAGGAGUCAGCUACUAGAGGGAGGAGUCAGCUACUAGAGGAAGGAGUCAGCUACUAGAGGAAGGAGUCAGCUACUAGAGGAAGGAGUCAGCUACUAGAGGAAGGAGUCAGCUACUAGAGGAACAUACAGGACAUCAUGGUGGAGAGAAAACGCCUGCUUCUGCUGCUGUUACUCUGUAUCUACACCGCCUCUGCCUACCCUGUAAGACAGACAGGACCACCUCCACCUAUCGGUGGCUGGACUGGGUUUUAUCCCAUAACCUUGCCUGACCACACAGGAGCACUGAGGACUGUCCUCUACCCUUUGACUGUAUACAACCACAACCUUCCAACACAGCCUGCCAUUGGCCAGAAUCCUGUAUCGGUGCCUGCCAUUGGCCAGAAUCCUGUAUCGGUGUCUGCCAUUGGCCGGAAUCCUCUUCUACGUUCUGUAUCGGAGCCUUUGAUUGGUCAAAAUCCUCAAUCAGUGAACGUGAUUGGACAGGAGAUGACUGUGUUUCAGACUCCCUCCCCUCCUCAGUUUAAAGAUACGCCUGCGGCCCCUGUAGAGGAAACUCCCAUGGUGACAGAUCCACAGUCCCAGCUCCAGCCAUACUACCCACAGCCCUACCCCUACUACCCACAGCCCUACCCCUACGACCCACUUACAACACAGCUACUGACCAACCUGGAAACACUCACACCUGGAGAACAGACAGAGAUAAUGUCUAGGUUCCAUAUUAUUCCGGCAGUCUCUCAGGACAGUCAGACGGUGUUCCCCACCUGGCAGUUAAGUGGUGCAGUAGGAGGAGCCCAGUCUCAGUCAUCAUCUCUGAGUUCUGAAGAGGAAGCUUCACCUCCUGUGGUCUACACCAGGAUGAUGUUGCCUCCAGUGGUGCCAGCGUACCAGAGCCAGGGGCUGAGUGUGGAUCCUAACCCUGAACCUUCAGCCUUAACCCCUGACCCCUUACCUCUGACCCCUGACCCCGGCCACGCACACCUGGGGAACCCCCCGACUGUAGCCCCGAUGGCCUCGGGGGGGCAGGGGACCCCCAAACCUGAGGUGGGGGGUGCGGUAGGGGUACAGAUGAAGAGUGCCGUGGAGAAGGGUACAGAGGGGGCUGUGGGGGUGAGAGAGGGGGGAGGGGUACAGAUAAAGAGUGGAGGUGCAGGUGACCCCUGUCCCUUGGAGAAGAGCCCCCCAGUAAGAGAGACCCAAACUUCUACCCAUUCUGAUCCUCGCCUCACACAUCGUCUCACCCUCAGGCAGCUCCCCACCCGAGCGGAGCGAUGGGGGAGAGCCUGA